AUGUCUACGCCUACCUCGACAACCGAAAAUGCCAAGAUAGGCGGUUACGUGGAGCACCUUGAAGAUUUGAAGCUGGAUCCAAAAGAAAAACAUGGCCAUGUCGAAGGCAAUGCGCUUCUGGUCAAUAGGGGCGGAGAAAUUCGAAGAAUCCCAGUUCCUUCCUCAGAUCCGAAUGAUCCUCUGAACUUCAGAAGAUGGGAAAAAUACUGCCUUGUCUUUUGCUGUUGCUGGUUUUCAAGCAUGGGCUUGUCAAUUGCUAGCGGUCUGGGCGCUAUACUGAACGUAUUCUUCGAGAUGUAUACCCCUCAAGGUUAUUCAUCGGAGGAAAUAGUUCUCCUAAUCACUGUGCCAACUUUAUGUAUUGGUCUCGGCAAUUAUAUCAUUCUUCCACUGUCGCUAGCCUACGGCCGCCGUCCCGUUUUCCUGGGAUUCAUGGUUAUUCUCCUGGUAGCAACCAUUUCAGCGGCUCUUCAGAACAGCUAUAAUGGACAUCUUGCAUCGCGUAUUGUUCAGGGCCUGGCGACAGGUGCAUCGGAGUCGCUACUCCCCCUCAUGCUUACCGAAGUCACCUUCCUACACGAGAGAUCUAGAAUUUUUGGUUUGUACUGGAUGACUCAGAAUGCGAUAUCCUCCACGAUCAACCUCGCAUCAUCCUACAUCAAUCAUGACUUGGGCUGGCGAUGGUACUAUUGGGUCUUCGUCAUUACGGUUGCAACUGGUCUGGUCAUUGCUUUCUUCUUCGCCUUCGAGACGCAGUUCACUCGGUCUCCCGAAUCUUUGGACGGCCAGCUUGUCAUAACUGAUGAGUUCGGUGUCACACGAAUCAUACCAGACUCAGAGGCUCAAACUUAUCUUGAUGCAAUGAAUGGUUCUGGAUUAACAGCUCCCAACGCUGGCCACACCCCUAGUCUCGUCCAGCGUAAGACUUACUUCCAACGCAUCCGGCCCUGGUCUACACCCCAUCCGCAACCCUUUCGAGUCAUGUGGAUGAGCUGGAAGCACAUGGUCGAGUCUUUCUCCUCUCCGGGCAUCAUUUAUGCCGUACUCACCUCUUCAAUAGCCCUCGGCUGCGGUGUUGGCAUGUCACUUACAUAUAAUACCGUACUGAUGGAGAAUUAUGACUGGCAAGCAGCUGACAUAGGCCUCAUCAAUGUUGGCGGUGUCAUCGGCGCUAUUUUGGGCAUGCUGUUCUGCACAUUCGUUGGCAACCCCUUCGUUAUGUGGUUAGCCCGCCGCAACCGAGGCGUUCAUCUUCCGGAACAUCAUCUGCUUACAAUGGCUCCCCCGGCCGUGGUUGGCGUUGCAAUGCUGAUACUGUACGGCUAUACUGCAUCAGGAAGCACGACUUGGUGGGGUCCGUAUAUGGGCUGGACAAUAUUUCAAUACUCUUUCACGGCUAUCCUUAUCAUCUCAACGACAUUCGCUUCUGAAGCGGCGCCUAAGCAUCCUGGGCCUGCCUUGGUUGUGGUUGUCGGAACUAAGAAUGUUGUCUCAUUUGGUGUUACUUACGGUCUUACGCCUAUGGUUUCAAGAUUUGGAUAUCAAACGGCUUUUGGAAUUCUGGCAGGUAUCUUUGGCGCUAUCUUCCUGUUGGGCAUCCCUGUGUAUUUCAUUAACCCCAAAUGGAGAGCAUACAUGUCUGAGAGAGAAGACAGGAAGUAG